GGCAACUUAAAUGUUAAACUGGCCUGUUACUGCUGGAUGUUGACAUCACCGUGAUCUCACCAGUGUAACCGGAGCCCUCCAGCUUUUCCUCCGGCCUGCCUUUAAAUAGCAGUCGUGGAGGCAGCACAGCACCCAUCCCGGCCGGAGCAGGGCAGAGCCGGCAGUGCCCUCGAUGAGAGCCAAGCCCAGCGCCAGCCCCGCAGCCAUGUCCUCGUCCCUGCGGGUGAGCCCCUCGGUGCACGGCUGCCGCUUCGACACCGCCCUGCGCAAGAAAGCCACGGCCAACAUCUUCGAGAGCAUCAACGAGGCCGCCCUGCAGAAACUCUUCAGGAACUCCGGCGACAAGAAGGCGGAGGAGAGAGCCAAGAUAAUCCUCGCCACCGACCAGGACAUGGAGGAAAAAACGAGAGCGCUGAUGGCGCUAAAGCAGAGGAGAAAAGACAAACUGCUCCAGUUUCUGACCUUUCGGAAAUACUCCAUCAAAGUUCACUGAGCUGGCGGAGGGGGCAGGAAUGGAGAACAUUUUGUGACGGGACUUUGUGAGCUCAUGCUCCGCUGCCCCGUGGGGACCUGAGAGUGCCCGUGCGGGCACAGCCCGGCACGGCACAGCCCGGAACGGGACAGCCCGGCACGGCACAGCCCGGCACGGCACAGCCCCGAACGGGCACAGCCCGGCACGGCACAGCCCCGAACGGCACAGCC